UUGAUCCGACACACUUCAACAAACCCUCUCUACACACUUCCCCUCUCACUCUGAACCAACACAUGGAAAUGGAGGGCCAGGUGGAAAGCCAGAAGAGACGCGGAGUGAGCAAAGAAGAUUUAAUAUCUGAACGGACAGGAUCUUUGGGAUGCAUUGGUUGGGUCCUGGUCAUUCUCUCUGGCUUUUUCACAAUACUCCUCAGUCCCUUCACCAUCUGGUUUUGUCUGAAGAUUGUCAAGGAGUAUGAGCGCGCUGUCAUCUUCAGACUGGGCCGUAUCCCAGACAAGAAGGCUAAGGGACCAGGGAUUUUCUUUAUUUUGCCGUGCACUGAUGACAUUGUGAAAGUGGAUUUGCGAACAGUUUCAUUUGACAUCCCACCACAAGAGAUCCUGACCAAGGACUCAGUUACAGUAUCGGUGGACGGAGUAGUGUACUUCCGGGUCAGUGACCCCAUCGCCUCUGUGGCCAACGUUGCUAAUGCUGACUUCGCCACCCGUCUGCUGGCUCAAACCACCCUCAGAAAUGUCCUGGGGACCAAGAAUCUGGCUGAGCUCCUGUCCGACCGUGAGGGCAUCGCUCACAGCAUGCAGGCCAAUUUGGAUGAAGCCACAGACGACUGGGGCAUCAAGGUGGAGCGCGUGGAGAUUAAAGACGUGAAGCUGCCCCAUCAGCUGCAGAGAGCCAUGGCAGCAGAAGCAGAGGCUACACGAGAGGCCAGAGCUAAGGUGAUCGCAGCAGAGGGUGAGAUGAAUGCGUCCCGGGCCCUGAAGGAGGCGUCCCUGGUGAUCUCAGAGUCUCCGUCAGGCCUGCAGCUCCGCUACCUGCAGACUCUCAGCACCAUCGCAGCAGAGAAGAACUCCACCAUCAUCUUCCCCCUGCCCAUGGAUAUGUUGACUCCCUUCCUGCGAAAGUGACACCUCAGUUUGCCCAACCUCUUAAACAUGUGUGACUCUUUGUAAAAUAAACAGUCAGGAUACAAAUUACUAUUUAUGCAUGGUUGACAUUUUAUUCAGACUCAUCAUAAAAAACCUUUGUGGUUUAAAUAGUCAAGCUGUGAUCAGGCAUGGCCUACUAACAUUUUUAUAAACUUCAGAGUUGUCUGAAAAAAUUGACGUGUUAUUGACUAAAUGUAUUCUGAAAAUGAUGUGUGUUGUUAAAACUAUAAUAAAUGUGUCUGAUUCAUAUUA